AUGGCAGACGAUGUAAAACCUGAAACGAUUAAAAACACUCAAGAUUUACUCGGCAAAUACUUCAAAAAGCCACCUCUCACCGAAAAAUUACUAAGGAAACCACCGUUUCGAUUUCUUCACGAUAUCGUCUCAGCAGUCAUAAACGAAACUGGUUUUCUGGACGGUUUGUAUACAGAGGAGGAACUAAAUUCGGAAAAUAUAAAAAACAAAGAGGCGAAACUUGCCUAUUUAACGAAACUGAUCGACGUCGUGAAACUGAUUACCGGCGCUAAUUUAACUGUACGAGCCAGCAAGAUAAUCUCAGGCCAGGAACCAGCUAAAACAAAUGAAUUAUUGCAAGCAAUUGGAAAAGCUUUAGACAAGAAGAUAAGCAGCGUGGAAGCCGUCGAACGGUACAAGAAGAAUUUAGCAAAAGGCAAAUCUAGUUCGAGAAGUAAGCUGUCUGUAGCAAAAGAUGAAAGAAAAUCAUCGUCGAAAGAAACGUCCCAAAAAAGGGCUUCAACAUCGAAAGAAAAAUCUGUAGAACGAAAAAAAAAAGCUGUUAACGAAGAUAAAUCAACGAUACGUGAAGCAACGCGUAAAAAUGAAAAUCAAGAUUCUCAAAAAAAUGUCGAAGCUGCGGAAGUACCACGUGUCGAGCCAGCCCAAGAAAAAAUUCCUGCAUCUGCGCAUAGAAAAAGCUCUUCGUCUGCUAAACUCAAACAGAAUAGACCCUCCACGCCUUUGUCUGAAACUCUGCAGUCGGAUAAGCGAAUCGACGAAAACAAAAAACAAAAAGAAUCCGAGAACAAGUCGAAACAUAUGACAAAUGCUGAAAAUAACGAAUUACAAAAUCAAAUACUCGAUACGUCGAACUCUAUUAAUUCAGAAUCGAAAUCUGCGCCAAACAUCAGAGAUGAAAAUAUAGACAAGGUGGAGUACAAGGAAAAUGAUAUAGUAAAUAACGAAGCUUCUUUACAAAGCGUAGAAAAAUCUGGUCAGUCGAUAUCAGAGACACAAAUGUUUCAAUCAGAAAAUAACGAUGCCAGUAUUCCACGAUCAAAUUCUAGACCAAGAACUUCCUUACGCCCACCUACUGCGAGACCGAUUAGUGCCAGACCUGCAGCACCUAGAAUACGAGGCAAAGCAGAGUUAAUAGUUAACGAAGAAAUACUAACGCCUAUGGGAAACAUUAGUGUCAUUGUGGAGAAUUCUGAUCUUAAGGAUGACGAUGAUGACGCUGAAGACAUGGUAGUUAUGGAAACUAGAGUAACUAGUAGCGAUUCCUUAGAAAACAGUGGCAACUAUAAAGUCGAUGGUCAAUUAACGCAAGAACAUGGACACCUUGUUGCACAAAUAUUAGAAACACAAAAGGAAUUGGUUAAUAAUGAUAAUGUAGACGUGAUACCUAAAAAAACAAAUAUUACAUGGGAUACAAAUUCAAAACGCGACGCUGUAGCAAAAGAAAUUGAUAAACUACGAAACACGAUACAAACAUUAACACGCGCGACAAAUCCACUUGGGAAGUUAUUGGAUUAUUUUCAGGAGGAUAUAGAAGUCAUGCAAAAAGAAUUAUUAGAAUGGAAAAACCAAUAUCAACGAGUAAAUGAACAACUGAAAAUAGAAAAAAUGAAAACGCAAGAAUUAAUAGAACCUAUGAAAGAAACAUUAAAAGAAAUUGAUCGUAAUGUGAAAGUACAAUUGGAUAAAAUAUGUCAAGCAAAAUCGCAGAUUACGAAAAAUGAUCAAAGGAUACAAACAUUAUUAAAUGGUCGUGUGUAAAUUUCAUUUCACCGUAAU